UUUUGUAACAAGUGGUCACAUGUCUAUCGAUGAUGAUAAUCUAUAACCAGUGGUUUGCUGUAAAUCCAAGAAAAUAAAAUAAGUUUUUUUUUUCUGUAUCAUAUUGUUCAGUUUUUUUUUCAGCGAACACUAUGGAGACGACGAAGAUUGCUGCAUUGGAUCGUAUCAGUGAGCUUAAAGCUUUCGACGAGACAAAGACAGGUGUGAAAGGACUCGUCGACGCCGGAAUAACACAGCUUCCACGCAUCUUCCACGACUCACCUUCCAACUUAGCAAACCCCAAGUCGCCUUCCUCUGACUUGCUACAUCUCGCGACGAUCCCAACGAUAGAUCUCGAAGGAAGAGUCUUCGAGGACGAGACUAAGCGCAAGAAUACGGUUGAUGGGGUUAAAGACGCAGCAGAGAAAUGGGGUUUCUUCCAGGUGGUCAACCAUGGCGUUUCACUCGAUCUUCUCGAGAGGAUGAAAGAUGGAGUUCGAAGGUUUAACGAGCAAGCCCCUGAAGUGAAGAAACAAUACUACAGCCGAGAUUUCAGGAGAGAGUUUGUGUAUACAAGUAACUUCGAUCUCUACAGUUCAUCAGCUGCAAGUUGGAGAGACACUUUCUCUUGUUACUUGGCUCCAAAUCCUCCCAAACCACAGGACCUGCCAGAGAUUUGUAGGGAUGUUAUGUUGGAAUACUCAAAGCAAGCGAUGAGUCUAGGGGAGUUUCUAUUUGAGCUUCUAUCAGAAGCUCUAGGGUUGAACCCUAAUCACCUCAAGGAGAUUGAUUGCUCCAAGGGCUUGCGCAUGCUCUGCCAUUACUACCCACCAUGUCCAGAGCCUGACCUAACUUUAGGCGCAAGUAAACACAGUGACAGUUCUUUUCUUACCGUCCUUCUUCCGGAUCAGAUCGAAGGGCUUCAAGUUCUGCGUGAAGGGUACUGGUUUGAUGUUCCUCCUGUUCCUGGUGCACUCAUCAUCAACGUUGGAGACCUUCUCCAGCUUAUAACAAACGACAAGUUCAUCAGUUCGGAGCAUAGAGUCUUGGCCAACAGAGCUACAAAAGCCAGAGUCUCAGUCGCCUGUUUCUUCACAACCGGCAUUAGACCGAAUCCUAGAAUUUACGGACCAAUCAGAGAGCUUGUGUCUAAAGAUAACCCUCCAAAGUACAGAGAGAUCACAGUUAUGGAGUUCGCUGCUCACCGCAGUGCCAAAGGACUUGACGGAACCUCUGAUUUGCUCCAUUUUAAAAUAUGGACAUGGUCAGUUACCACAUUAUUAUAUCUCUGUUUGCAGAUUAUAAUUACUUGAAAAAAAUAUCAAAAGAGUGCCUGAGAUCCAUAAACAUCGCUUGUUUAUACUUUUACUCUAAAAAAAUCCCAUACAGUUCAAUAAAACCCGGAAAUAAGAGUAUCUUCAUUGCUCAUGAA